AUGCGGAGCCGCAGUAACUCAGGUGUGAAGCUCGAUGGAUUCGCCAGGCUCGUUCAUGAGACUAUUCUAUGUCACCAGGUAUGUUUCAUUAUGUAACGUACCACUGCCAGAUAUAAUGUCACGUUAUGUCAUGCGAAUAACAUUCAUACAGUUGCCGUUUGCAAUGAAAGAAGUCGUGCACAAUAGGUCUAAUGAUAUUGAUACCGCAGUAAAAUAAACACAGUAGGCUAUACGUCCGUUACUUAUCCUUAGAAAGCCAAGAGUCAAUAGCUAUUAUUUUUUUUGAAUGCACAAACUGUCCUGGCAUGACCUCCCUAAAAUAAAUAAAAGCUUGGACAAAGGUCAACUUAAAAUAGCAGAGAACAUAGAAAGUAUUUGUCUUAUCUACUCUACUUGAGUUCAGUACACACUCUUUCCUCUCUCUCUCUCGCUCAUAUAUAUAUACAGUGGGGGAAAAAAAGUAUUUAGUCAGCCACCAAUUGUGCAAGUUCUCCCACUUAAAAAGAUGAGAGAGGCCUGUAAUUUUAAUCAUAGGUACACGUCAACUAUGACAGACAAAUUGAGAUUUUUUUUUCUCCAGAAAAUCACAUUGUAGGAUUUUUAAUGAAUUUAUUUGCAAAUUAUGGUGGAAAAUAAGUAUUUGGUCACCUACAAACAAGCAAGAUGUCUGGCUCUCACAGACCUGUAACUUCUUCUUUAAGAGGCUCCUCUGUCCUCCACUCGUUACCUGUAUUAAUGGCACCUGUUUGAACUUGUUAUCAGUAUAAAAGACACCUGUCCACAACCUCAAACAGUCACACUCCAAACUCCACCAAGACCAAAGAGCUGUCAAAGGACACCAGAAACACAAUUGUAGACCUGCACCAGGCUGGGAAGACUGAAUCUGCAAUAGGUAAGCAGCUUGGUUUGAAGAAAUCAACUGUGGGAGCAAUUAUUAGGAAAUGGAAGACAUACAAGACCACUGAUAAUCUCCCUCGAUCUGGGGCUCCACGCAAGAUCUCACCCCGUGGGGUCAAAAUGAUCACAAGAACGGUGAGCAAAAAUCCCAGAACCACACGGGGGGACCUAGUGAAUGACCUGCAGAGAGCUGGGACCAAAGUAACAAAGCCUACCAUCAGUAACACACUACGCCACCAGGGACUCAAAUCCUGCAGUGCCAGACGUGUCCCCCUGUUUAAGCCAGUACAUGUCCAGGCCCGUCUGAAGUUUGCUAGAGUGCAUUUGGAUGAUCCAGAAGAGGAUUGGGAGAAUGUCAGAUGAAACCAAAAUAUAACUUUUUGGUAAAAACUCAACUCGUCGUGUUUGGAGGACAAAGAAUGCUGAGUUGCAUCCAAAGAACACCAUACCUACUGUGAAGCAUGGGGGUGGAAACAUCAUGCUUUGGGGCUGUUUUUCUGCAAAGGGACCAGGACGACUGAUCCGUGUAAAGGAAAGAAUGAAUGGGGCCAUGUAUCGUGAGAUUUUGAGUGAAAACCUCCUUCUAUCAGCAAGGGCAUUGAAGAUGAAACGUGGCUGAGUCUUUCAGCAUGACAAUGAUCCCAAACACACUGCCCGGGCAACGAAGGAGUGGCUUCGUAAGAAGCAUUUCAAGGUCCUAGAGUGGCCUAGCCAGUCUCCAGAUCUCAACCCCAUAGAAAAUCUUUGGAAGGAGUUGAAAGUCCGUGUUGCCCAGCGACAGCCCCAAAUCAUCACCGCUCUAGAGGAGAUCUGCAUGGAGGAAUGGGCCAAAAUACCAGCAACAGUGUGUGAAAACCUUGUGAAGACUUACAGAAAACGUUUGACCUGUGUCAUUGCCUGCCAACAAAGGGUAUAUAACAAAGUAUUGAGAAACUUUUGUUAUUGACCAAAUACUUAUUUUCCACCAUAAUUUGCAAAUAAAUUCAUAAAAAAUCCUACAAUGUGAUUUUCUGGAUUUUUUUUAUAAUUUUGUCUGUCAUAGUUGACGUGUACCUAUGAUGAAAAUUACAGGCCUCUCUCAUCUUUUUAAGUGGGAGAACUUGCACAAUUGGUGGCUGACUAAAUACUUUUUUCCCCCACUGUAUAUAUAUAUAUAUAUACUACCAGUCAAAAGUUUGGACACACCUACUCCUUCAAGGGUUUUUCUUUAUUUUUACUAUUUUUUAUGUUGUAGAAUAAUAGUGAAGACAUCAAAACUAUGAAAUAACACACAUGGAAUCAUGUAGUAACCAAAAAAGUGUUAAACAAAUCAAAAUAUAUUUUAUAUUUGAGAUUCUUCAAAUAGCCACUCUUUGCCUUGAUGACAUCUUUGCACACUCUUGGCAUUCUCUCAACCAGCUUCAUGAGGUAGUCACCUGGAAUCCAUUUCAAUUAACAGGUGUGCCUUCUUAAAAGUUAAUUUGUGGAAUUUCUUUCCUUCUUAAUGCGUUUGAGCCAAUCAGUUGGGUUGUGACAAGGUAGGGUAGUAUACAGAAGAUAGCCAUAUUUGGUAAAAGACCAAGUCCAUAUUAUGGCAAGAACAGCUCAAAUAAGCAAAGAGAAACGACAGUCCAUCAUUACUUUAAGACAUGAAGGUCAGUCAAUAUGGAACAUUUCAAGAACUUUGAACGUUUCUUCAAGUGCAGUCGCAAAAACCAUCAAGCACUAUGAUGAAACUGGCUCUCAUGAGGACCGCCACAGGAAUGGAAGACCCAGAAUUACCUCUGCUGCAGAGGAUAAGUUCAUUACAGUUACCAGCCUCAGAAAUUGCAGGUCAAAUAAAUGCUUCACAGAGUUCAAGUAACAGACACAUCUCAACAUCAACUGUUCAGAGGAAACUGCGUGAAUCAGGCCUUCAUGGUCGAAUUGCUGCAAAGAAACCACUACUAAAGGACACCAAUAAGAAGAAGAGACUUGCUUGGGCCAAGAAACACGAGCAAUGGACAUUAGACCGGUGGUAAUUUGUCCUUUGGUCUGGAGUCCAAAUUGGAGAUGUUUGGUUCCAACUGCCGUGUCUUUGUGAGAUGCGGUGUGGAUGAACAGAUGAUCAUGCAUGUGUAUUUCCCACUGUAAAGCAUGGCGGAGGAGGUGUUAUGGUGUGGGGGUGCUUUGUUUAACACUUUUUUGGUUACUAAAUUAUUCUAUAUGUGUUAUUUCAUAGUUCUGAUGUCUUCACUAUUAUUCUACAAUGUAGAAAAUAGUAAAAAUAAAGAAAAACCCUGGAAUGAGUAGGUGUGUCCAAACCUUUGACUGGUACUGUAUAUAUAUAUCUGUGUUUGUGUGUCUCUGUCUGCCUGUCUAACCUGUGUGUGUGUAUCUCCAGAACCCAGUGACAGGCCUGUUGCCCUGCAGUGUCCAGCUGCCAGAUGCCUGGGUGCGUGACAAUGUCUACAGCAUCCUGGCGGUGUGGGGUCUGGGGAUGGCCUACAGGAAGAACGCUGACCGGGAUGAGGACAAGGCCAAGGCCUACGAACUGGAGCAGGUGACUAGCUGGCUCCCACCUCACAGCAUGCUGUACUGUAUGAUCUGUGCUGGAAAGGGUGUCUAAAUAUUCCUUGACUGCAUGGCCCCGACCUCAUGGCACGCUGUGUCAAAACAAGACAUUCCUUUACAGAAAUAUGUUAGUGUUUUCCAUGCAUGUUGUCCUAUGAUCUAUGUUGUAGGCCACAGGCAGAGAUCGGCACAUUUCAUUCCCUGGAGUCCUGAAUAGAUAGACUUGGGAAAGCAGGAGUUACUGAUCCAUGUAAGGUGUGGUAAAUAUCUAUAUUGUUAUUAUUCUACAGAGUGUUGUCAAGCUGAUGCAAGGGCUGCUCCAGUGUAUGAUGCGACAGGUAGGUUACCGUGGUUACUGCCAACUUCCUUCUACCUUCACCUCUCUAUGGAUUCAUUUAUUGGUGUAAUUACAUGUAACAACACAAUCACUAGUGCAUGUCAUAGGGGCAACAAUGCACUAUACUGUGGGAGCAUCUCUGCAUGUGUUUCUGCCUUGGUGUGGCUGUGGAAUAGCCUCUCUGAACAUGUCAGUGUGUGUCUGACUACAGGUGACCAAGGUGGAGAAAUUUAAACACACCCAGAGCCCCAAGGACUGCCUGCACGCCAAGUACCACACCCCCACCUGUGCUACCGUGGUGGGGGACGAUCAGUGGGGACACCUGCAGGUUGAUGCCACCUCUCUGUACCUACUGAUCUUGGCUCAGAUGACUGCCUCAGGUACUGUACUGUGAGGGUGUGUGUGUGGUGGGGGGGGGGGGGGUAGUAUGAAAAAAUGUAUGCACUCACUAACUGUAAGUCGCUCUGGAUAAGAGCGUCUGCUAAAUGACUAAAAUGUCAAAUGUAGGGUGUGUGUGUGGUGGGGGGGGUAGGAUGUGUGUGUGUGUGGAGGGGGGUGGUGUGCGGCUGGCAGAUCAUCUCAUUGUGAAAUCAUUUGACUGUAUAACCGGCGUCGUUCUUUAUCCCUGUCUGGUCGUCUCCAGGUCUUCGUCUCGUAUCAAACCUGGAUGAAGUGGCUUUUAUCCAGAACCUGGUCUUCUACAUUGAGGCUGCUUAUAAAGUUGCGGUAGGUAGUGUUCAAGGUCUGUUUGAGCAAGGCUCUAUUCUUCUAACCUCACUAGCAUACGACUUAGCAUCAAGUAGUAUAAGCUAAGUCUGAACAUAAUGGAGUGAGAAGCAAUACUAUACUGAAGAUCAAAUAUGAAUAUCUGUAGAGGUAGUGGAGACUACAGAAGGGUCGUGCUUCAAUGAAUACCUUACCAAACAGACGUUUUACAUGGAUUAUACUGUAUAUUGUAAACUCCCACACCAUUAACUUUCUGAUUGGUCGGUACAAGAACUACCAAUACAUUUCAUUGGUCAACAUGGGAACAUCAGCACUUAACCCUAAAAGCAUCAACAUAUUUUUAGCUUAAAAGCGCCAACAGGUCAAAGGUCUGUGUAGUCAGCUACAACAGAUAAUUAUAAACUAACAGGUGAAAACUACUUAGCCAAAUAUGGCAUUAACAUGAUGUCAACAGAGAGCUGACAUGGUACUUAAAAAUAAAUGGUUCAACUGGUCAACAACUGAAGUUUCCCAUCCAGGAGAAUGUGUCUUGGUUAGUGACUUCACUAACCAGAAUAAGCAGAUAGUCCAGAGGAAUCUCCCUCUCAGCGUUUCUGAGAAUAGCACCGUUUCUGAACAGAUGUGAGGAGUUAAAACACACUGCAUACGUACUACUGAUUACUAUUUGUGUAAAUAUAAUGUAUAGAAUAUACAAUAUUAAUCGGAUUAGGUCAAAUAAAAUUAUAUUUAGGUUCAAAAUUUAAGGUCUUCAAUAGUACGAUUUUCAACCUGGUUGUCAUGGUAACUCUGUGUGUCUCUCUCUGUGCAGGAUUAUGGGAUGUGGGAACGAGGGGACAAGACCAACCAGGGGAUCCCAGAACUGAACGCCAGCUCUGUGGGAAUGGCCAAGGUAAUGAAGCUUUAGAUGUAAUACUUGUCCUAUAUGUAGCAAUGAUAAUACAUGGUUCCCUUUCAUGCCUCCAAUCCUAUCUUAACUACCAUAUCUAGACUCAUUACGUUCCUCUUAUCGCAACACAGCUGCUAUAUCUAAACUCAUAAAACAACAACAUAUUGUGGUUGUGUUUUAUGUUCAGGCCGCGUUGGAGGCCAUUGAUGAGCUGGACCUCUUUGGGGCUCACGGAGGACCGAAAUCUGUCAUUCACGUUUUGCCGGACGAGGUGGAGCACUGCCAGGUACUGGGAUAAACAUGUCCUGUCUUAUCUAGCCUGGUGAGGGCAGUGUCCAGUCUGGUUUAAUCUUCUCAAGCCUGGUGAGGGCAGUGUCCAGUCUGGUUUAAUCUUCUCAAGCCUGGUGAGGGCAGUGUCCAGUCUGGUUUAAUCUUCUCAAGCCUGGUGAGGGCAGUGUCCAGUCUGGUUUAAUCUUCUCAAGCCUGGUGAGGGCAGUGUCCAGACUGGUUUAAUCAGGUUAUCAUAUCAACCUUAAAAUGAUAUGUAUGAAACUAACCAUUGUCUUACGUCAGAUAGCACGACUGAUGGUUCCUGGCAACGCGGUGGUGUCAGAAUGAUGCCAUCUGUCAGAAACUGACCACUUUCUAUUUGACCUCCCCAGGCUAUCCUGUGCUCCAUGCUGCCCCGAGCCUCCACCUCUAAAGAGAUCGAUGCUGGUCUCCUGUCUAUCAUCUCCUUCCCUGCCUUCGCUGUGGAGGACACAGACCUGGUCACCAUCACUAAGACUGAGAUCAUCUCCAAGCUACAGGUAGAUAGGAGCCUGUCUAGGUUUGACCACAGACACAGUGAGAUCAUCUCUAAGAUACAGGUAGAUAGGAGCCUGUCACGGUUGGACCACAGACACAGUGAGAUCAUCUCCAAGAUACAGGUAGAUAGGAGCCUGUCUAGGUUUGACCACAGACACAGUGAGAUCAUCUCAAAGAUACAGGUAGAUAGGAGCCUGUCUAGGCUGGACCACAGACACAUUGAGAUCAUCUCCAAGCUACAGGUAGAUAGGAGCCUGUCACGGCUGGACCACAGACACAGUGAGAUCAUCUCCAAGAUACAGGUAGAUAGGAGCCUGUCUAGGUUUGACCACAGACACAGUGAGAUCAUCUCCAAGCUACAGGUAGAUAGGAGCCUGUCUAGGUUUGACCACAGACACAGUGAGAUCAUCUCCAAGAUACAGGUAGAUAGGAGCCUGUCUAGGUUUGACCACAGACACAGUGAGAUCAUCUCCAAGCUACAGGUAGAUAGGAGCCUGUCUAGGUUUGACCACAGACACACUUUAGGGGCUAGUUGAUUCCCAGACUCAGAUGAAGCCUAGUCCUGGACUAUAAAGGAUGUACAUGGGAAACCUCCAUUUAAAAGUGCUUUUUGUCCAGGGCUAGGCUUAAUGGUGCUCUAGAAUGAUGUUUCUAAAUGACUACAUUCUCUCCCCCAGGGACGCUAUGGCUGCUGCCGUUUCAUCAGAGAUGGAUACAGAUGCCCAAGAGAGGUACUGUAAAGGUUUUUAUGUUUUUCUCCUUAUUGUGUGAAAUAAGCUAGAUUUUCAUCCAAUGGUCUUGUAUCUGCGCUCUAGCCAACAGCUGGCAGAUAGAGUGUGGGUAGGCUAGUCUACAUGAUGAGAUUAUUAUGGAUAAGAGUGAAAAUAUUGUUAUUUGUCAAAUGGCAGCCAAGCAUCGAUCAUCAUGUCACCAGAAUAAGACCCUCGAUAUUUAUUGGAAAGGAGCAUCUUUCACCACCCCUGUGAAGUUCAUCAUAACUUAUUUCAUCUGUAGCCGAAUAAACUGCAUGCUUUCCCGAGUCGUAGUGGGAGGACCACACAUCAUAUCAUCGCGUGACUCCAAGUUUACUUCGAUAUGAUGGUUAUUAUAUCAAUAUUUGCGCAUAAAAGCGUUUCCACUGCCAUUUCCUGCAUAAUUAAUUUUACUGACACAAAAAGAUCCCACCAUGUCAAACAAACAAAUGAUCUCUCUGCAUUAAUAAAAUUACACCGAAACGUCCUGUUUCCAUCACCGCUGUCGUGAUGGAAACGUGGUUACAGAUAAAACAGUAUAACUUAAAGGAAAAAUCCACUUAAAAUCUUUUGGUAUUUUUUUCAUUUGUCCACAAAGUAUCACUUUCCACAUCAUCAUGAUGAUGCGUUUAGCCUUGUUCUUUUAGAUAAUAAAUAUUUCCAUGUCUGUCUGUCUGUCUGUCUGUCUCAGGACCCGUCCCGUCUCCACUAUGACCCAGCUGAGCUCAAGCUGUUUGAGAAUAUAGAAUGUGAAUGGCCAGUGUUCUGGACCUACCUCAUUCUGGACGGCAUCUUCAGUGGAGACCUAGUACAGGUGUGUGUAGCAGUGUUGGUUCCGUCUCUCUCCUUGCCCCAACCUAGGCUCCAACCUGGGACCCUCUGAACACAUCCACAUGUGUCACCCAUGAAGCAUCGUUACCUGUCACUCCACAAAAGCUGUGGCCGAUUCAGAGCAAAGGAAACAACUACUUCUAGGUCUCAGAGCGGGUGACGUCACCAAGCUAUCUGUCAGACCGCUAGACCACCCCAGGCCACGUGUCUGUAUGUAUAACAUGUUCCUUCCUGGUUCCUGGCUCCAGGUGCAGGAGUACAGAGAUGCUCUGGAAGAAGUCCUGAUCAGAGGGAAGCCCGGGAUCCGCCUGAUGCCUGAGCUCUACGCCGUCCCACCUGAAAAGGUAUCUCCAUGGUCCUUUGAAAACUUUAUGUGUAAAUUGUAAAUCCGUCUUUCUUCGGGGCACGUCAACUUGACUCUUUACUCCUGCCAAUAUGGGCUGUGAAGAAGUAACAGUUUACACUUGCUAACCUUUUCAAUCUUGAUAAGGAACAACAUCCAUACAACUAAGUGAGGAAUACAGUAAAUGUGUGGUGUUUCCCUCAGAUGGAGGAAGAGUACGGGAACCCUCACUCUGUGGACAGAGUGGCUGUGGGCCAGUGCCCUCACAUGUGGGGACAGUCCCUCUACAUUGUUAGCUCUCUGCUGGCUGAGGUAAAAAUAUUCUGCUGUCGUCUUAUAAUAGAUUGAUCCUAUCUCUAUCUACCACAGUGAGGUGUUGGUUGGUGCCUUAGUCUUCCCGACCUCACUGUUCUUUCUGUCUGUUCCUCCAAGGGAUUCCUCGCCCCUGGAGAGAUCGACCCUCUCAACAGGCGAUUCUCCACCCAGUUCAAGCCGGACGUAGUUGUACAAGGUUUGCAGCAUGUCUAAUUUCCUCUCUUGCAGGCGGGAAGACAUUUGACAUCCUUUAACUGUAGAAAUAUUAUAAAGUUAUAGACUCCUUAUUUCAUUAACUUGCUUUGUUAGGAUCAUUUGCUCUGUGGUCAGGGUUGCGUAUAUGAUAUUUUCCAUUCUCUUUUGAGUGUGUGUGUAUGUGCGUGUGUGUGUAUGUGCGUGUGUGUGUGCGUGUGUGUGUGUGUGUGUGUGUGUGUGUGUGUGUGUAUUAUCAGUGUGUGUGUUAGCGGAGUCGAAGGAGAUCCAGGAGUUGCUGAGGGAUGAUGGAAUAGAGGUCCAGACCAUCUCUGAGGUCCAUCCCAUCAGGGUCAUGCCUGCUCGCAUCCUCAGCCACGUCUACGUCAAACUGGGUACAGUUACAACUACUUAGAAAGGCUUCAUAGAGCAUUCAUAAAGCCUUCAUAAGCACUACAUAGCUAAUGACUUGUUUCACAGGAAGCUGCAAGAAGUUGAAUCUGAGCGGGAGACCAUAUAGGCACAUUGGAGUUCUGGGAACCUCGAAAUUCUACCAGAUCCGGAACCGCACCUACACGUUCACCCCUCAGGUGACAUACCUUGUUCUCACCUUAUGACAGUAGAGGUCCUAUCUCCCGAAAUGCUCUUGUUAUAUCCUAAUCUAGCACACCUAGGACUGGAUCCACAAAGCAGGAAUCCUGUUAAAACCUGUUUUAAGACUAGAAAUCUCCCAGCUCAGAGUAGGUUUUAGGAUGAUGUUAAGACAAUGCCCAGACAAACUCUGAGCCAGGAGUAAAAUCAACUCAUGAAAGUUUAUCUCAGCUGGUAAUCACGACAGUUUGAGGUACCGCAAAGGAAAGGAAGUGAUGACGCUCAUUUACAUUGUUGCAAAUGAUUGGGAAUAACCAAUCGCGAUGAGGCAUCGCCAGCUGUGGGACAUUUGAUAUAUGUACACUGAGUAUACCAAACAUUAGAAACACCUUCAUAAUAUUGAGUUGCACCCCCUUUUGCCCUCAGAACAGCCUCAAUUCGUCGGGGCAUGGACUCUACAAGGUGUUGAAAGCGUUCCACAGAGAUGCUGGCCCAUGUUGACUCCAAUGCUUCCCACAGUUGUGUCAAGUUGGCUGGAUGUCCUUUGGGUGGUGGACCAUUCUUGAUACACACGGGAAACUGUUGAGUGUGAAAAACCCAGCAGCGUUGCAGGUUUUGACACAAACCGGUGCGCCUGGCACCUACUACCAUACCCCGUUCAAAGGCAAUUACAUAUUUUUUCUUGCCCAUUCACCCUCUGAAUGGCACACAUACACAAUCCAUGUCUCAAUUGUCUCAAGGCUUACAAAUCCUUCUUUAACCUGUCUCCUCCCCUUCAUCUACACUGAUUGAAGUGGAUUUAACAAGUGACAUCAAUAAAAAAUAAUAGCUUUCACCUGGUCAGUCUGUCAUGGAAAGAGCAGGUGUCCUUAAUGUUUUGUACACUCAGUGUAUAUAUAUUUGGAUACGGCCCCUGAUUCUACUAAUGAUCUGCUCAUCAAGACCUUGAUUAGCUGAAUCAGGUGUGUUUGGGCUGGAGCAGUAGUGUUGGCCAUCUCUCUCUGUCUCCUCUCCUUUAGCUGAAUCAGGUGUGUUUGGGCAGGAGCAGUAGUGUUGGCCAUCUCUCUCUGUCUCCUCUCCUUUAGCUGAAUCAGGUGUGUUUGGGCAGGAGCAGUAGUGUUGGCCAUCUCUCACUGUCUCUCCUCUCCUUUAGCUGAAUCAGGUGUGUUUGGGCUGGAGCAGUAGUGUUGGCCAUCUCUCUCUGUCUCUCCUCUUCUUUAGCUGAAUCAGGUGUGUUUGGGCAGGAGCAGUAGUGUUGGCCAUCUCUCUCUGUCUCUCCUCUUCUUUAGCUGAAUCAGGUGUGUUUGGGCUGGAGCAGUAGUGUUGGCCAUCUCUCUCUGUCUCUCCUCUCCUUUAGCUGAAUCAGGUGUGUUUGGGCAGGAGCAGUAGUGUUGGCCAUCUCUCUCUGUCUCCUCUCCUUUAGCUGAAUCAGGUGUGUUUGGGCUGGAGCAGUAGUGUUGGCCAUCUCUCUCUGUCUCUCCUCUCCUUUAGCUGAAUCAGGUGUGUUUGGGCUGGAGCAGUAGUGUUGGCCAUCUCUCUCUGUCUCCUCUCCUUUAGCUGAAUCAGUGUGUGUUUGGGCUGGAGCAGUAGUGUUGGCCAUCUCUCUCUGUCUCUCCUCUCAUUUAGCUGAAUCAGGUGUGUUUGGGCUGGAGCAGUAGUGUUGGCCAUCUCUCACUGUCUCUCCUCUCCUUUAGCUGAAUCAGGUGUGUUUGGGCUGGAGCAGUAUGUUGGCCAUCUCUCUCUGUCUCUCCUCUCCUUUAGCUGAAUCAGGUGUGUUUGGGCAGGAGCAGUAGUGUUGGCCAUCCUUCUCUCUGUCUCUCCUCUCCUUUAGCUGAAUCAGGUGUGUCUCUCCCUUCCUUAGUUCCUGACCAGCAUCACUUCUACACUGGCUCGGACAACCAUCUCUCUGUCUCUCCUCUCAUUUAGUUCCUGGACCAGCAUCACUUCUACCUGGCUCUGGACAACCAUCUCUCUGUCUCUCCUCUCCUUUAGUUCCUGGACCAGCAUCACUUCUACCUGGCUCUGGACAACCAUCUCUCUGUCUCUCCUCUCAUUUAGUUCCUGGACCAGCAUCACUUCUACCUGGCUCUGGACAACCAUCUCUCUGUCUCUCCUCUCAUUUAGUUCCUGGACCAGCAUCACUUCUACCUGGCUCUGGACAACCAUCUCUCUGUCUCUCCUCUCAUUUAGUUCCUGGACCAGCAUCACUUCUACCUGGCUCUGGACAACCAUCUCUCUGUCUCUCCUCUCCUUUAGUUCCUGGACCAGCAUCACUUCUACCUGGCUCUGGACAACCAGAUGAUAGUGGAGAUGCUGAGGACGGAGCUUUCCUAUCUCUCCUCCUCCUGGAGGAUGACCGGACGCCCUACCCUCACCUUCCCCAUCACACACAGCAUGCUGGGUAAAUACCUUCACCUUCCCAUCACACACAGCAUGCUGGGUAAAUACCCUCACCUUCCCAUCACACACAGCAUGCUGGGUAAAUACCCUCCCCUUCCCCAUCAUACACAGCAUGCAACACUCUGUGUUGUUUGUGUGACUUUUGAUUAAGUCUAUCCCUGGACUAAACAUUUAUUUAAAUGGAGAUUCAAGGCUUAAUCUGUGUCUGGGAAACUGGCCCUUGCUGGGCAACUCAAUUCUGUAUGGGACAAACAAAGUUGAUUGAUUGAUUGAAUCAUGUUCCCUUGUUGUCCCCAGUGGAUGAUGGCGAGAUCAUCGACCCGUGUAUCCUGUCCACUCUGAGGAAGCUGCAGGAUGGAUACUUUGGAGGGGCAAGGUCAGACUGACUCUCUUCCAUUUUUAAAUGCACUCAUCUUAAGAGAGCUCUCUGGAUGUUUAGAGAAGGAAAUGCCAGGCUCCUCUUUUUAUGUCACUACAUCCCUGGUUGUAAAAGCUCCAGUGAUGUCCUAUUUGGUUCCAUUCCAUCUUGUGUGUUCUGCAGGGUUCAGAUGGCCAACAUCUCCAGCUUCCAGACUACCUCGUUCCACACAGAGCUCAGCUUCCUCGACGGAGACACUGAUGACGACCUGCUGGAGGAGGAAGAAGAUGGGGAAGAUGAAGAGGAAGGUUAUGUCCCCUCAGGUACGUCAGCCAUGGUGUGUGUGUGUGUGUGUGUGUGUGUGUGUGUGUCUGUAUAGGUCAUUGGUGUGUGUGUGUGUGUGUGUGCGUUUGUAUUUGUGCUUGCAUGUUUGUGCUUGCGGCAUGUAUGUAAUAUCAUAUUGCUGAGUCUACCUUAAUCCCCCCCCCCCCCCUUUCAGGCAGCUCUAAGGGCAUGUUUGACCACUACCUCAGCCAGCUAAUGCAGAGCACAGCCACCAAAUGUCAUCUGCCUCCCAUCCAGAGGGGGCAGCACCACGUGUUUAGUGCUGAACACACCACCAGAGACAUCCUCUCCUUCAUGGCCCAGGUCCAAGGCCUCAACAUGCCUAGUAAGUUCUCACCAUCCACAUGUACUGUUUAUUUUGUUCAUGAAGUGUUAGGUUUAGGCUUAGGGUUAGGGUUAGGUUUAGGGUUAGGUUUAGGGUUAGGUUUAGGGUUAGGUUUAGGGUUAGGGUUAGGUUUAGGCUUAGGUUUAGGGUUAUGCUUAGGUUUAGGCUUAGGGUUAGGUUUAGGGUUAUGGUUAGGUUUAGGCUUAGGUUUAGGCUUAGGGUUAGGUUUAGGGUUAGGUUUAGGCUUAAGGAAGCCCUUUGCUCCUAUAAGAGUUUAAAGGAAGGAGGAAGGAAUAAGUCAAGUCCAGUAUAUAAAAUCCAGAGGAUGGUUGGUACUCUGUUGGUUUCUACUGUAUGGUACUCUGUUGGUUUCCACUGUAUGGUACUCUGUUGGUUUCUACUGUAUGGUACUCUGUUGGUUUCCACUGUAUGGUACUCUGUUGGUUUCUACUGUAUGGUACUCUGUUGGUUUCUACUGUAUGGUACUCUGUUGGUUUCUACUGUAUGAUACUCUGUUGGUUUCUACUGUAUGGUACUCUGUUGGUUUCCACUGUAUGGUACUCUGUUGGUUUCUACUGUAUGGUACUCUGUUGGUUUCCACUGUAUGGUACUCUGUUGGUUUCUACUGUCUGGUACUCUGUUGGUUUCUACUGUAUGGUACUCUGUUGGUUUCUACUGUAUGGUACUCUGUUGGUUUCUACUGUAUGGCACUCUGUUGGUUUCUACUGUAUGGUACUCUGUUGGUUUCUACUGUAUGGUACUCUGUUGGUUUCCACUGUAUGGUACUCUGUUGGUUUCUACUGUAUGGUACUCUGUUGGUUUCUACUGUAAGGUACUCUGUUGGUUUCUACUGUAUGGUACUCUGUUGGUUUCUACUGUAUUGUACUCUGUUGGUUUCUACUGUAUGGUACUCUGUUGGUUUCUACUGUAUGGUACUCUGUUGGUUUCUACUGUAUUGUACUCUGUUGGUUUCUACUGUAUGGUACUCUGUUGGUUUCUACUGUAUGGUGAGUGUUGUGUUGUUUCUUACAGAGGCCUCCAUGUAUCUUCCUAUGACUCCCAUCAUGAACAAGCACCGUAAAUCCCUCAACCUACUGCACAUGCCUCAGCACACACCACUCCAACCACACCACCACACACCACAUCAACAACAGCCCAAGGUCAGUUGGUCUACGCCAACAACAAACGCCAACACUGUCUUUCUGCUGCAUCUGUGUGUUUGGAUCAUCUAAUGAGUGUGUGUGCAUGCAUACAUGUGUGUAUUUGUGUGUGUCUGUGUGUCUCUGUAUCCUUGCUCUCAGGCCCCCAGUAUUGCAGACCUCCACCUGCCGCGGGACUCCCAGGGUAACACAGACUUUGGGUCUCUGGUGAGACAGUUGAAGGAGUGUCCCACACUGCAGGACCAGGCAGACAUCCUCUACAUCCUCUGUGUCAUGAAAGGUUCUGAUUUAGAUCAGGGUUGGACAAACCUUUUGGCUCCAGGGCCCAUUCGGGCAGCACAUCUUUUUGGGGGACCGAUUUGUUUGUCAAAAUCAAUUUGCGGGCCAGAAAAAGGGCAGUUAUUUGAAAACGUAUAGGUCGAUUAUAAUUUCUACAUACUCUCUAUCUAGUUGUAGGCGUUCACGUGUGGCCUGUAGUGUUUAAACACAAAUAAUUAAUAAUAAUAAUUUACCCCAUUUUUUGUUUUACCCAAACCUCCCGCGGGCCGGAUCGAAUGGGCCAUAUUUUUUCCACCUCUGGAUUAGGUGAUGGACGUGUUGGGUUGAAUUGAAUUGAAUCUUUGAAUUGAAUCAAAUUUAAUUUAAUUCUCUACAUGCUUAGGUUUGAAUUACACUGAAUUGACUCCUCAAGUUGAAUUGAAUUGACUCCUCAGGUUGAAUUGAACUGAAUGAAAAUGUAAUCCUCUCCAUCCUGAAAGGUGCUGACUGGAUGGUGGACGUGGGGGGUCAGGGCGGGGUCAGUGUGAGGUGCCUCCUGGAGGAGCUGUAUGUCCAGGCUGGGGCCAACAAGGAGUGGGGUCUGAUCAGAUACAUCUCUGGUAUCCUGAGAAAGAGAGUGGAGGUGCUGGCUGAGGCCUGUACAGAUCUCAUCUCCCACCACAAGCAGCUGACAGUGGGGCUACCACCUGAACCCAGGGAGAAGGUCAUCUCGGCUCCUCUUCCUCCAGAAGAGCUCAACUCUCUGAUCUAUGAGGCCAGUGGGCAGGACAUCAGCAUCGCUGUGCUCACUCAGGUACAACUAAUUAUAACUGUGAUUAUAUAAGAUGCCCAUUUCCGUCAAAAUUCUCUGCCUGAAGCAAGUCUAGCUUGAGAUGUAAAAGCAAACUUUCCUCAGUUUUGUAAUAAGUCUCUGAUGAAGGGAAAGUAGUGAUUGCUGUAUUGUGAUGCUGCAGGAGAUCAUGGUGUACCUUGCCAUGUACGUGCGCUCCCAGCCGGCUCUGUUUGGGGACAUGCUGCGUCUCCGAAUCGGACUCAUCAUGCAGGUGAUGGCUACAGAGUUGGCCCGCAGUCUGCACUGCUCAGGUAGGGAUCAGUCUGCACUGCUCAGGUAGGGUUCAGUCUGCACUGCUCAGGUAGGGAUCAGUCUGCACUGCUCAGGUAGGGUUCAUUCUGCACUGCUCAGGUAGGGAUCAGUCUGCACUGCUCAGGUAGGGUUCAGUCUGCACUGCUCAGGUAGGGAUCAGUCUGCACUGCUCAGGUAGGGUUCAGUCUGCACUGCUCAGGUAGGGAUCAGUCUGCACUGCUCAGGUAGGGUUCAUUCUACACUACUCAGGUAGGGUUCAGUACUCAACACAACUCUUCUUAGAAUGGUUAGAAUAUAUCAGCUGUGUUCUGAAGGCCUCAGUAGACUCACCAUUUGAAUAGGGCUCUGGCAGUUCUUUCAGGUAGACCUGGUUAGUAGACCUGGUAGGUAGACCUGGUUAGUAGACCUGGUUAGUAGAUCUGGUUGGUAGAUCUGGUUGGUAGAUCUGGUUAGUAGACCUGGUUGGUAGACCUGGUUAGUAGAUCUGGUUAGUAGACCUGGUUAGUAGACCUGGUUAGUAGAUCUGGUUGGUAGAUCUGGUUAGUAGACCUGGUUGGUAGACCUGGUUAGUAGAUCUGGUUAGUAGACCUGGUUAGUAGAUCUGGUUAGUAGACAUGGUUAGUAGAUCUGGUUGGUAGACCUGGUUGGUAGACCUGGUUGGUAGACCUGGUUGGUAGACCUGGUUAGUAGACCUGGUUGGUAGACCUGGUUGGUAGACCUGGUUGGUAGACCUGGUUGGUAGACCUGGUUGGUAGUAACACUACACUGUAUUUGGGUGUUGAGCUGUAUGGUCUUUAGUGUGGAAGUGCCUGGGGAGUUUUACAGGCCUUCCAGAGUCUUUACUCAGUGUUGCAGGCGUCUCUCUUUCUGUCCUCUGCAGGGGAGGAGGCCUCUGAGAGCCUGAUGAACUUGAGUCCGUCAGACAUGAAGAACCUGCUACACCACAUCCUCAGUGGGAAGGAGUUUGGGGUGGAGAGGAGCAGUGAGUCUUUCCCAAUCCCAAAUCAACCCCUAGCCCCUACCCCUACAUAGCCAACAUUUGUAGUUUCUACAGUAUUAAUACAUUUUCUGAUUCCUCUUUGCAGGUGUUACUGGUAUUGUACUGUUUUAUUGAAUCAAAUGGAUUGUUGUGCUGUCUCGGUCUUCCUCUCUCCUUUGUCAGUGCGUCCCAUGCAGUCUUCAGCCACCAGCCCGGCUGUCUCCAUCCAUGAGCUGGGUCACACUGGAGCCACUAAGACAGAGCGCACCGGCAUCCGCAAGCUGAAGACUGAGAUCAAACGGGUAUGGGUUACGUCAGCUGACUAUUGCAUGUCAUGGAGAAUAUCUACAUCAGGGGUCUCCAACAGGUCGAUCACAAGCUACCAGUAGCUGCCAGCCCAACAAUGAGUAGCUUGUAUUUUUCACCUGUUCUGUCAUAAGCAAAACUCACAAGUAUUAGACAACUCAAGCUUCCGGCUACUAUCCAAUCAAAUCCACAUUGACAUUCUACCACCCCUGGUUAGCCACAACUGUCUUAAAGCCAAACGGAACACAAGAUCUGGCAAUUCAUUUCCAGCUAAAUUGCCCCUGUAUGUCUGUGUGGCGUGCGGGUUUGUCAUUCACUUCGUGUAGCCAGUUACGGAUCGUGUUAAUUGUCUUCUGGGUAGACACAGAAAGACAUUCCCCCAAGAAAAUCAAGAAAACAGAAUUUGGGAAAAAAAACAAAAAGAGUGCCUAUUUGAAAGCUAGGUAAAUAUGUAUGAGUAGCUCGCAACAUGUUUCAUAAUUUAAAAGUAGCUCUCAUGCUAGAAAAGGUUGGAGACCCCUGAUUUCCUUUGACCUAUAAUUUAAUCUAAAUGUUAGUAAAGACCUAAUGCUCUAUAAUUUAAUUUAAAGGUUAGUAAAGACCUAAUGCUCUAUAGUUUAAUCUAAAGGUUAGUAAAGACCUAAUGCUCUAUAAUUUAAUAUAAAGGUUAGUAAAGACCUAAUGCUCUAUAAUUUAAUCUAAAGGUUAGUAAAGACAUAAUGCUCUAUAAUUUAAUCUAAAGGUUAGUAAAGACAUAAUGCUCUAUAAUUUAAUCUAAAUGUUAGUAAAGACCUAAUGCUCUAUCAUUUCAUCUAAAUGUUAGUAAAGACCUAAUGCUCUAUAAUUUCAUCUAAAAGUUAGUAAAGACCUAAUGCUCUAUCAUUUCAUCCUAAAGGGUUAGUAAAGACCUAAUGCUCUAGAAAUUUAAUCUAAAGGUUAGUAAAUACCAUAAUGCCUUCUAAUUUAAUCUAAAGGUUAGUAAAGACCUAAUGCUCUAUAAUUUAAUCUAAAUGUUAGUAGACCUAAUGCUCUAUAAUUUAAUCUAAAGGUUAGUAAAGACCUAAUGCUCUAUAAUUUAAUCUAAAGGUUAGUAAAGACCUAAUGCUCUAUAAUUUAAUCUAAAUGUUAGUAAAGACCUAAUGCUCUAAUUUAAUCUAAAGGUUAGUAAUGACCUAAUGCUCUAUAAUUUAAUCUAAAGGUCAGUAAAGACCUAAUGCUGUAUAAUUUAAUCUAAAGGUUAGUAAUGACCUAAUGCUCUAUAAUUUAAUCUAAAGGUUAGUAAAGACCUAAUGCGCUAUAAUUUAAUCUAAAGGUUAGUAAAGACCUAAUGCUCUAUAAUUUAAUCUAAAGGUUAGUAAAGACCUAAUGCUCUAUAAUUUCAUCUAAAUGUUAGUAAAGACCUAAUGCUCUAUAAUUUAAUGUAAAGGUUAGUAAUGACCUAAUGCUCUAUAAUUUAAUCUAAAGGUUAGUAAAGACCUACAGUGAGGGAAAAAAGUAUUUGAUCCCCUGCUGAUUUUGUACGUUUGCCCACUGACAAAGAAAUGAUCAGUCUAUAAUUUUAAUGGUAGGUUUAUUUGAACAGUGAGAGACAGAAUAACAACAAAAACAUCCAGAAAAACGCAUGUCAAAAAUUUUAUAACUUGAUUAGCAUUUUAAUGAGGGAAAUUAGUAUUUCAAUCAGAAAGAUUUCUGGCUACCAGGUGUAUUUUAUACAGGUAACGAGCUGAGAUUAGGAGUACACUCUUAAAGGGAGUGCUCCUAAUCUCAGCUUGUUACCUGUAUAAAAGACACCGUCCACAGAAGCAAUCAAUCAGAUUCCAAACUCUCCACCAUGGCCAAGACCAAAGAGCUCUCCAAGGAUGUCAGGGACAAGAUUGUAGACCUACACAAGGCUGGAAUGGGCUACAAGACCAUCGCCAAGCAGCUUGGUGAGAAGGUGACAACAGUUGGUGUGAUUAUUCGCAAAUGGAAGAAACACAAAAGAACUGUCAAUCUCCCUCGGCCUGGGGCUCCAUGCAAGAUCUCACCUCGUGGAGUUGCAAUGAUCAUGAGAACGGUGAGGAAUCAGACCAGAACUACACGGGAGGAUCUUGUCAAUGAUCUCAAGGCAGCUGGGACCAUAGUCACCAAGAAAACAAUUGGUAACACGCUACGCCGUGAAGGACUGAAAUCAUGCAGCACCCGCAAGGUCCCCCUGCUCAAGAAAGCACAUACAGUGGGGAAAAAAAGUAUUUAGUCAGCCACCAAUUGUGCAAGUUCUCCCACUUAAAAAGAUGAGAGAGGCCUGUAAUUUUCAUCAUAGGUACACGUCAACUAUGACAGACAAAAUGAGGAAAAAAAUUCCAGAAAAUCACAUUGUAGGAUUUUUAAUGAAUUUAUUGGCAUAUGAUGGUGGAAAAUAAGUAUUUGAUCAAUAACAAAAGUUUCUCAAUACUUUGUUAUAUACCCUUUGUUGGCAAUGACACAGGUCAAACGUUUUCUGUAAGUCUUCACAAGGUUUUCACACACUGUUGCUGGUAUUUUGGCCCAUUCCUCCAUGCAGAUCUCCUCUAGAGCAGUGAUGUUUUGGGGCUGUCGCUGGGCAACACAGACUUUCAACUCCCUCCAAAGAUUUUCUAUGGGGUUGAGAUCUGGAGACUGGCUAGGCCACUCCAGGACCUUGAAAUGCUUCUUACGAAGCCACUCCUUCGUUGCCCGGGCGGUGUGUUUGGGAUCAUUGUCAUGCUGAAAGACCCAGCCACGUUUCAUCUUCAAUGCCCUUGCUGAUGGAAGGAGGGUUUCACUCAAAAUCUCACGAUACAUGGCCCCAUUCAUUCUUUCCUUUACACGGAUCAGUCGUCCUGGUCCCUUUGCAGAAAAACAGCCCCAAAGCAUGAUGUUUCCAACCCCAUGCUUCACAGUAGGUAUGGUGUUCUUUGGAUGCAACUCAGCAUUCUUUGUCCUCCAAACAUGACGAGUUGAGUUUUUACCAAAAAGUUAUAUUUUGGUUUCAUCUGACCAUAUGACAUUCUACCAAUCCUCUUCUGGAUCAUCCAAAUGCACUUCAGACGGGCCUGGACAUGUACUGGCUUAAGCAGGGGGACACGUCUCGCACUGCAGGAUUUGAGUCCCUGGCGGCGUAGUGUGUUACUGAUGGUUGGCUUUGUUACUUUGGUCCCAGCUCUCUGCAGGUCAUUCACUAGGUCCCCCCGUGUGGUUCUGGGAUUUUUGCUCACCGUUCUUGUGAUCAUUUUGACCCCACGGGGUGAGAUCUUGCGUGGAGCCCCAGAUCGAGGGAGAUUAUCAGUGGUUUUGUAUGUCUUCCAUUUCCUAAUAAUUGCUCCCACAGUUGAUUUCUUCAAACCAAGCUGCUUACCUAUUGCAGAUUCAGUCUUCCCAGCCUGGUGCAGGUCUACAAUUUUGUUUUUGGUGUCCUUUGACAGCUCUUUGGUCUUGGCCAUUGUGAAGUUUGGAGUGUGACUGUUUGAGGUUGUGGACAGGUGUAUUUUAUACUGAUAACAAGUUCAAACAGGUGCCAUUAAUACAGGUAACGAGUGGAGGACAGAGGAGCCUCUGAAAGAAGAAGUUACAGGUCUGUGAGAGCCAGAAAUCUUGCUUGUUUGUAGGUGACCAAAUACUUAUUUUCCACCAUAAUUUGCAAAUAAAUUCAUUAAAAAUCCUACAAUGGGAUUUUCUGGAUUUUUUUUUCCUCAAUUUGUCUGUCAUAGUUGACGUGUACCUAUGAUGAAAAUUACAGGCCUCUCUCAUCUUUUUAAGUGGGAGAACUUGCACAAUUGGUGGCUGACUAAAUACUUUUUUUCCCCACUGUAUACAGGCCCGUCUGAAGUUUGCCAAUGAACAUCUGAAUGAUUCAGAGGAGAACUGGGUGAAAGUGUUGUGGUCAGAUGAGACCAAAAUCGAGCUCUUUGCCAUCAACUCAACUCGCCGUGUUUGGAGGAGGAGGAAUGCUGCCUAUGACCCCAAGAACACCAUCCCCACCGUCAAACAUGGAGGUGGAAACAUUAUGCUUUGAGGGUGUUUUUCUGCUAAGGGGACAGGACAACUUCACCGCAUCAAAGGGACAAUGGACGGGGCCAUGUACCGUCAAAUCUUGGGUGAGAACCUCCUUCCCUCAGCCAGGGCAUUGAAAAUGGGUCGUGGAUGGGGUAUUCCAGCAUGACAAUGACCCAAAACACAUGGCCAAGGGAACAAAGCAGUGGCUCAAGAAGAAGCACAUUAAGGUCCUGGAGUGGCCUAGCCAGUCUCCAGACCUUAAUCCCAUAGAAAAUCUGCGGAGGUAGCUGAAGGUUCGAGUUGCCAAACGUCAGGCUCGAAACCUUAAUGACUUGGAGAAGAUCUGCAAAGAGGAGUGGAACAAAAUCCCUCCUGAGAUGUGUGCAAACCUGGUGGCCAACUACAAGAAACGUCUGACCUCUGUGAUUGCCAACAAGGGUUUUGCCACCAAGUACUAAGUCAUGUUUUGCAGAGGGGUCAAAUACUUAUUUCCCUCAUUAAAAUGCAAAUCAAUUUAUAACAUUUUUGACAUGCGUUUUUCUGGAUUUCUUUGUUGUUAUUCUGUCUCUCACUGUUCAAAUUAACCUACCAUUAAAAUUAUAGACUGAUCAUGUCUUUGUCAGUGGGCAAACGUACAAAAUAAGCAGGGGAUCAAAUACAUUUUUCCCUCACUGUAAUGCUCUAUAAUUUAAUCUAAAGGUUAGUAAAGACCUAAUGCUCUAUAAUUUAAUCUAAAGGUUAGUAAAGACCUAAUGCUCUAUAAUUUAAUCUAAAGGUUAGUAAAGACCUAAUGCUCUAUAAUUUAAUCUAAAGGUUAGUAAAGACCUAAUGCGCUAUAAUUUAAUCUAAAGGUUAGUAAAGACCUAAUGCUCUAUAAUUUAAUCUAAAGGUUAGUAAAGAACUAAUGCUGUAUAAUUUAAUCUAAAGGUUAGUAAAGACCUAAUACGCUAUAAUUUAAUCUAAAUGUUAAAGACCUAAUGCUCUAUAAUUUAAUCUAAAGGUUAGUAAAGACCUAAUGCUCUAUAAUUUAUUCUAAAUGUUAGUAAAGACCUAAUGCUCUAUAAUUUAAUCUAAAGGUUAGUAAAGACCUAAUGCUCUAUAAUUUAAUCUAAAGGUUAGUAAAGACCUAAUUCUCUAUAAUUUAAUCUAAAGGUUAGUAAAGACCUAAUGCUCUAUAAUUUAAUCUAAAGGUUAGGAAAGACCUAAUGCUCUAUAAUUUAAUCUAAAGGUUAGUAAAGACCUAAUGCUCUAUAAUUUAAUCUAAAUGUUAGUAAAGACCUAAUGUUCUUUCUGUAUGUUUGAUAUUAGUUAGACGAUAUGACGACCUAAUGCUCUUUGUCUAUAGUAGUAAUAAUGUUGUAAUGUUGUAUGACUUGGUUCUGAUUGCAGUUGGAUGGCUCGUCUCGUCCGAUCAGCGUGGGUUGAGUUUGUUAGAGUUAAUAGGCAUGUUGUCUCAUCAUCUCUAAUCUCCACAUCUAGACCAUAUGGAAGCAACCAUUAUAACAUAACAUGAAAGCACCAGCUGAAAGCCCAUUCGUACCAGCUGUACUAGAAUACAGUCAGUAGUGCCUUACGUCAUGCUGUGCUGCUGAUCGUGUUUGCCUGUUUCCUAGCCCACAUCUUCAACUGUGUCUAAUGUUUUAUCAUAAUCUAAACUGUAUUUACAAGGUGUGAGUUUGACAUUCUUUCACGUCCUCAUCCUCUCCUGGGUCUCUCCAUAGAUGAAAAUAUGACGUCUUCUCCGUGUUGUUCCUUUAUAGAUCUGUAACAGUGGUUAUUCCAUCAGCAGCAAUGUCACCUCUCCCCGUUCCACGGUAAACCAUCAACCAUGUCUCCCUCAUUAUCCCAUGUUCACUAAACCAUGCAGAUGAGGUUCACUCUGAAUGGUUGUCUUUCUUUGUUACAUUGCCUUAUGCUUGCUGCACUAACAUGUACUGGCCUGUAGCAUGCUGGUGUCGUCAUGGUAACAUGUACUGCCCUGCAGCAUGCUGGUGUCGUCAUGGUAACAUGUACUGGCCUGUAGCAUGCUGGUGCCGUCAUAGUAACAUGUACUGGCCUGUAGCAUGCUGGUGCCGUCAUGGUAACAUGUACUGCCCUGCAGCAUGCUGGUGUUGUCAUGGUAACAUGUACUGGCCUGUAGCAUGCUGGUGCCGUCAUAGUAACAUGUACUGGCCUGUAGCAUGCUGGUGCCGUCAUGGUAACAUGUACUGCCCUGCAGCAUGCUGGUGUCGUCAUGGUAACAUGUACUGGCCUGUAGCAUGCUGGUGCCGUCAUAGUAACAUGUACUGGCCUGUAGCAUGCUGGUGCCAUCAUGGUAACAUGUACUGGCCUGUAGCAUGCUGGUGCCGUCAUGGUAACAUGUACUGGCCUGUAGCAUGCUGGUGCCGUCAUGGUAACAUGUACUGGCCUGUAGCAUGCUGGUGUCGUCAUGGUAACAUGUACUGGCCUGUAGCAUGCCGGUGCCGUCAUAGUAACAUGUACUGGCCUGUAGCAUGCUGGUGUCAUCAUGGUAACAUGUACUGUAUUUGAUUCAAAGAAACAGGAAAACAUAAGACUGUGUCUGGUAGAAGUCAGUGUCUGUAUGUGCACAUGUCUAUGUCGUGUGUGUGUGUGUUUGUACCUCUGUGUGCGUACUGUGUACAAAUAUGAACACAUCUCCCCCCCCCCCCCGUAGCGUUGCAGCAGCCCCUCCACCCCCAGUGGUAUCCUGUCCCCUGUAGGCCCCUGGGAGUCAGACAGCCACCUGCAGUGGGAGGAGCAGCAGGGCCAGUGGCUGAGGAGGAGACGGCUGGAUGGGGCCAUCAACAGGGUCCCUAUGGGCUUCUACCAGAAGGUGUGGAAGAUCCUGCAGAAGUGCCACGGCCUGUCAAUAGAUGGAUACGUGCUGCCUUCCUCCACUACCAGAGAGGUAUGUAGUGUCACGGCCUGUCAAUAGAUGGAUACGUGCUGCCUUCCUCCACUACCAGAGAGGGAUGUAGUCAAAUCAAUAGAUUGAUCGAUCUCGAUCAAUGAAAUUGUAUUUAUAUAGCCCUUUUUACAACAACAUUUAUAAUUUGCAGUAACCCCCCUAGGCCCCCAAAGAGCAGCAUGGUGGCAAGGACCAUCUCUCUGCCUACAGGCCAGAAGGCCACUGUGUUUCACCUUAAGAACAAAUGUUGCUUCCUGUAGUAAUAGGAAAUAAGAUGCCCUUUCAGACUCUGCCUAUGAUUUGCACAGAUAAAUCCACUGAUGGAGAUUCUCUAGAUUUAAUCUGUGUCCGGGACACUGGCACUAUAAAUGUACCGUUCCGACUCUGACGUUGUGUUGUGUAGCUCAGUUGGUUAGGGUUGUGGGUUCGAUUCCUACGGGGGGGGGGCAGUAUGAAAAAAUGUAUGCACUCACUAACUGUAAGUCGCUCUGGAUAAGAGCGUCUGCUAAAUGACUCAAAUGUAAAUGUGUCCCUGCCUGCAGAUGACAGAGGGUGAGAUCAAGUUUGCAGUGCACGUGGAGUCUGUUCUGAACCACGUCCCCCAGCCAGAGUACAGACAGCUGCUGGUGGAGGCUGUGAUGGUGCUCACCCUGGUGGCUGACAUGGAUGUGGACAACAUCGGCGGAAUCAUCCUGAUAGACCGCAUUGUACACAUGGCCAAUGACCUCUUCUUACAGGACCAGGUAAGUCUGAGCCAGGAGCCUAUUUACUGUUUCUGUAGCUUGAUGUACAAGUACACCCCCUGGACAGGACACUAGUCUUUCGCUGAGCCUUAGAGAAUCUGUAAGCAGCGAUGCAUUGAGUCCCAUUUGUUAAGUGUUUGGUAUGACUCGACCGGGGAUCGAACCCCCAAGCUUCCAAUCUCAGGGUGGAAACUCUUAACUUCAAGGCCACAGAGAUGGUCACAAGAAAGUAAUGUCCUAUAAAGGGUUAAUUCUGUAAUGGUCCAGUUCAAGGACCUGGAUGUAUGACCUGUAUUGUUGCCAUAUUAUCGUUUGAGUAAACAUGUUAACUAUAGUCACGUGUCUCUGCCUGACUCGUCCAUAUGACUAUCAUAACGUAACCCACUUCUCAGUUUGGAGUAAGACCUAUUCUAUAACUAGACAAAAUGAUCAAUAUAUAUAUAUAUAUCUAUCACGCAUGUACUCUAUGUUCCAGAGGUCCCAUGGAGCCAAUGAGUACUUCCUGGAGAAGGAUCCAGCCACGGGGAUAUGUAACGUGUUCUAUGACAGUGCCCCUAGUGGCAGCUACGGUACCAUGACGUACCUCUCCAGGGCUGUGGUUACAUACCUACAUGACUUCCUGCCACAGUCUACCUGUCUCACGCAAUGAAGUAUUAGACUGGGCUUGUUGUAGAGCACUCUGUGGCCACACAGGCAGCUAUCAAGAGAGACUAGUCGAGUAAUGUAUUAUAGUGUGGGAAAAAUCACUACUGCCUAAUUCCGAUUCUCCCCAAGUGUACACUUGUUCACUCCCAUUCAAGGAUUUAAAAUCAUUGGAUUUAA